AAUAUUCGGAACCGUGCAAUCCUUACAAAAUACGCCAAAGAUCAAGAUAAGAACACGGCGCUCAGAUGCAGUCUUGGAAACACAUUGGGCGCGCAGGAAACCUGCUGUGGGCCAGAACUGGUUCAUUUCAAUACGACCCGGGUCAGUUUCAACCGGAAGAAGAGAGAGCGGAAAGAGAAUUUGGUUUUAAAAGGAAAGUGAAGAGAAAAUACCAGGAAGGCAACUAAUUGCAAGAAAUGUAAACUGCAGCCCGCUUGCAGAGAGCGGAGCUGGGCUGUCGCAGCCUGCGAUUGCUCCCCAUCCCGCUGCAAGGCAAAUGUAAAAAGGUGGUCAGAUGCCUGUGGAUCCACCACCUGAGGCCUAGUGGCUGCAUGCUGGCCAUGGUAUUGAGGCCUGCAGGGCUUGUUGCCGUGAUUUCGGAAGCAUUUCCCGUUGGACUGCACUCCGGGGAUAAAGUUUUGCGUCUGAGACCUGAAAACGAACAGCACCUUCAAUACUUAAAGAACGUGUCUCAAACUGAGCAGGUUGAUUUCUGGAUACCAACUUGGGUAGAGCUGGUGACUAUAAACUCGAGUGUGGACGUCCGGGUUCCUGGAGAGUGGGUUUCAGAAGUUCUAAGUCAGCUGGAGAAGACUGCAUUAAAAUAUGAGGUAUUAAAUGAAAAACUGCAAAUCUUGAUUGCGGAUCAGCUUGAUCAGAAGUCAUCAGAAGAGACCUACAGUUAUGAAAAUUAUCAUAAUUGGGAACAGAUUGAAGCCUGGACUUCCAAAAUAGCGGAAGAAAACCCACGCCUAAUUUCUCGGUUUGAAAUUGGAAAGAGCUAUGAGGGAAGAAGCAUCUAUCUCCUCCGGGUCGGCAAGAGGACAGGUGUGCUGAAGCCCUCCAUCUUCCUGGAAUGUGGAAUCCAUGCCCGGGAGUGGAUUUCUCCCGCCUUUUGCCAGUGGUUUGUGAAGGAGGCUGUUGCAUCUGACAAAACUGGAUCCCUCUUGAACAGACUUAUCAAUGAAUUGGAUUUCCUGGUUGUCCCAGUUGUUAAUGUGGAUGGUUACGCUUAUACCUGGACUAAUAAUCGAUUUUGGAGGAAGACUCGCUCCAGGAAUCCUGGCACUAACUGCGUGGGCACUGACGCCAACCGAAACUUCGAUGCCAAGUGGUGUACCAAUGGUUCCUCAACACAUCCAUGCUCUAAUGUGUACUGUGGGCCGUACAUGGAAUCUGAAAAGGAAGUCAAAGCUAUUGCGGACUUUGUCCGUAGUCACCGUAAACUCAUCAAAGGAUAUAUCUCGAUCCACUCAUACUCCCAACUCCUUAUGUUUCCCUACGGCUACAACUAUUCACUUUCAGCUGAUCAUGAAGAGCUGAAUGCCCUAGCUCGGAAUGCGGUUGCGAAAUUGAGAAGCCUUCAUGGAACUGACUACAAAUACGGUACUUCAGCAAGGACAAUAUAUAUUGCAGCUGGAACUUCAGAUGACUGGGCCUAUGAUCUUGGCAUCAAAUACACAUUCAUCUUUGAACUCCGUGACACGGGCACGCAUGGCUUCCUGUUACCUGAGUCCCUGAUCAAGGAAACGUGUGAAGAGACCAUGCUGGCGAUCAACCACAUCGCUGCUUACGUUCUCAACCAUCCAUAUUAAACCUUCUAAUGACGGGACAAAGUUAAAGAUAGAUGUAGACUGUCUUUAAAGUUUAGAUGUAGAAUUAAAAGCAGUUUUGAUUUUGCAA